AUGGGUGUAAUGGGUAUGUAUGCGGUUGGGGUCCAAGUGCGGUGCCCCCAGGACAGGCUGGUUUCGAUGAAGACCCACUACGCGGCUCUGGAAGAGGUCCUGCACCACCUGUCGGCAGACAAGGCCAGGCACAAGAGAGAGGAGGCCGUCGACAGCAUGCCCGCGCACCUCAGACGAUCGCUUCCGAGCGGCCUAGCAGAGGCAAGAAGAGGACUCAACUUUUGCGUUCUCCCGUCGCGGCUAGAAACGGUGUUCGCUAUUCUUGAAGAUGGGAUGCCCGGGGGACGCCUAGAAACCAGAGGAGAGAGUGUCCACGGGUUAUCAGCGCGCCAGCAGGAAGCGGCUACAGCUCCAUCCCUGAGUUUUGAUGAAGACAGCAUAGCUGUGUGGCCGACCACGCCUCCAAGACGCCGUUUACAGACUGGGGCGAAGUUUCCCCCCCUCCAGCUGACCGUGAGUCCGAUCCGGUGUGCCUCAAGCGUCGGGGAUGUGGCGACGCUGGACGAAGACGAGAUCGGUCUAAGGAGAGACAAGCAGAAAUCCAGGCCGAGGAGGAGGGCCAGAGAGUGGUGGAAUGCCGCGGGCAGCAUCGACGAUGGUGAACGGGCAGGCACGGGUCGCCAUCGUCCAGACCCUUGUCGAGGCCAUCCCGGCGGUGGUGGCUCGCGUGACUGGCGAUCAGUGACCGUCUGCGACACAGACGCGCGCGUGGACCGAAGACGGAGCGCGUGGUCAUCCGCUGUGUCUGGAGUGUCGGUGUCACCAUCGCGGUCGACGCCAUUCGCAUCCCCUCCGCCAUUACGGCGGGUGGUUGUCAAGAAGUAG